GUCUACACACCCUGACACUUGCUGUACGCACGUGAGUAGCCACACACACACACACACACGUACUCGUAUCCGUUUUGCCCGUCUGUCUGCGUACGUGCGAUUUUCGAUUAACUUUUGGUUUUGUUUUUUUUUUUUUUGUACCUACGUCGAACAAAACGCGCUCGGCCGUCCGGUUAUAAAAGAAAAAUUAAUUUUUGUUGCGAUUUUUCGGCAUUUUAAUUUUUUCUUUUUGGUGCGUUCCGAGCACGCGGCAGACGAUCGAUCAGAGUUUUGUUGAUUAUUUUUGAAAUAAAAAAUAUAUAUAUAUAUAACCCAGCAAGAUGGAAACGUUCGAGACGAUUAUGAGCAGGAAUAACACGACGACAACGGCGGCGGUGGCGCAAAGGAGGUCCGGUUGUUCGGCCGAAGAGCAAAGGGACGGCGGCCACACGACGGCAAAGACUUACGUCAGCAGCAGACCGUUGCGGCUGACCACCGCCGUCUCUCUGGUGUUCUUCUGCCUGUGUCUUAUCCUGUCCACCACCGGCGCUUCUCCCGUCCACAGUUCAAUUGAUAAGAGGUCGAUAGCUUCGGGGUCGGAGAGUACGCCUAAAAUUUGCCAUCACAACACCCCGUGCGGAUGGGCCAUUUACAUACCGUUCACCCGUCGGAUAGAUUACUUCAUGAAAAACACGUGCGACUGCGACUCGACAUUGGCGUGCCUGAAGACCGACGACGAUCUGUCGGUGAACGCGUACGUGUACCGGUGCAAGAUCAAGCUUCGGACCACGACCGAGACGCCGACCACCACCUGAGACACGAACAAAAUAUUGUUGUCAUUUCAAGGGCGAAAUUUAAUUUUUUUCAACACGACCCGCGAACAACUUCCGAUGCAGGGUAACGACGAACAACGUUUAUUAUGAUAUUCCUGAAUGCCAAAUCCAUCAAGUUCCACAUUUUAUAAUAAUUAUUAUUUGAUUUGUAUUAUUAUUUUAUUUAUUUAUAUAUAACGAUUAGUAUUUUUUUUUUUGUCGUAAGUACGUAUUAAGGGAAAAGAGGACGAUUUUUGCUUUGGUUUUUUUUUUGUUUUAAAAACUAUCUACCUACCUACCUAUAUUUAUUUCGUUUAAAUUAUAAAAAGAAAAUUAUAUUUUUUUUUUAGC